AUGAACGGUUUCGAGAAGCACGACCUCGACGAGGACGCCUUCGGUGCCAAGGGAAGCAUUGUCAGCGCUUUUGACGCAUUCCCGAAAUCAAAACCUCAGUAUGUCACCCGCACGUCCGGCGGCGGCAAGUGGACUGUCGCCAUGAUCGUCGUGACAGUCAUACUGGUGUGGUCCGAGCUAUCACGGUGGUGGCGCGGCUCCGAGACGCACACGUUCGCGGUCGAGAAGGGCGUCGGCCACUCAAUGCAGAUCAACAUGGACAUUGUGGUGCGGAUGAAGUGUCAGGACCUGCACGUAAACGUGCAAGAUGCUGCGGGCGAUCGCAUCCUUGCCGCAUCCAUGUUGCAGCGCGAUCCGACGAACUGGGCGCAGUGGGUCGACAGCAAGGGCAUGCAUCGUCUUAAUCGCGACAAGCACGGCAGGCUGAUCACCGGAGAGGGAUACACUACGAUGUCGCACGAGGAGGGUUUUGGCGAGGAGCAUGUGCACGACAUCAUUGCCAUUGGCAAGAAGAGGGCUAGAUGGGGCAAGACGCCUAGGCUCUGGGGUUCCGAGGGCGACAGCUGUCGCAUCUACGGCAACCUUGACCUGAAUAAGGUACAGGGCGACUUCCACAUCACCGCGAGAGGACACGGUUAUAUGGAGUUCGGAGAGCACUUGGAUCACAGUGCUUUCAACUUCUCCCACAUCAUCUCAGAGCUGUCCUUUGGACAGUUCUAUCCGUCACUGGAAAACCCCCUGGAUUUGACCGUCAACACUGCGCCGAAUCAUUUUCACAAGUUCCAAUACUUCAUGUCUGUCGUGCCGACAGUCUACAGCAUGGGAGGCUCGCGUAGCCCGAGCAAGCUACUUUUCACAAAUCAAUAUGCAGUCACGGAGCAGAGCACGGAGGUCAGCGAGCGCACCAUCCCAGGCAUCUUCUUCAAGUACGAUAUUGAACCGAUUCUCCUAUCAAUCGAGGAAUCGAGAGACAGCUUCCUCGUGUUCCUCAUUAAGGUUAUCAACAUCCUUAGCGGUGCCUUGGUAGCAGGACACUGGGGUUUCACGAUCAGCGAGUGGGCGAAGGAGACGUGGGGAAAGAAGAAGCGGUCCAAUACGGGUAUGAUUGGAGUCAAGGGCGGCUAUGAUGAGUAA